CACCGAGGCUUCCAGACAAUCGCCUCUCUCUCUCUCUCUCUCUCUCUCUCUCUCUCUCUCUCUCUCUCCGCCGCAAUCGCAGUUUUCUGGUACGCAAGAACAGAUUGAUUACUCUAUGUAGUUUGUACUGGUAUUAGUUGUUCAUCUGAAUGCAUCUUCUUCGUUUCCCUCUGUGUUCUUAUUGAUGUUAUUGAUGCAUUAAAUUCGAAAGUCAGCGACGAUUAUGGCCGAAAAUGAAAGAUAUAGUCUUUCAUGGACUAGGGAGCAGGACAAGGCAUUUGAGAAUGCCUUGGCGACUUUGCCCGAGGGUUGCAGCGACCAGUUGAAGAGAAUUGCCAUGGCUGUGCCUGGCAAAACCAACGAUGAGUUGAUACACCACUAUCAGAUUUUACUACACGACGUCCAGAAUAUUGAAGCUGGCCUAGUUCCUCUCCCUUGCUACCCAUAUUCGCCGGACCAACAUGUGGGGCAGUCGCAUGGCGAUUCUUGGAUUCGUCGUCGCAGAGCAUUUAAAGAUCAAGAACGCCGGAAAGGAAUCACAUGGACUGAGGAGGAGCACAGAUUGUUUCUUCUUGGACUCGAAACUUUUGGCAAAGGAGAUUGGAGGAGCAUUUCGCGCAACUUUGUCAUAUCCAGGACUCCUACACAGGUUGCAAGCCACGCACAGAAGUUCUUCAAUCGGUUGAAUUCGUCGAACAAAGAACGGCGAAGGACCAGCAUCCACGAUAUCACCAGUGCAAGCGGUGGAGCCUCAUCGGCUACUCGGGUACCAAUUGCAGCCGCGCCGACGGUCAGCCAAACCCUUCAGCCGAGAUAUCCAUUUCCUCCAACUGAUCGAUAGCAACAGUGCGUGCCAACUGAGCAAGAAGAAGGUGCCAAUUUCAUGUUUUGCAUUGCUAUCGUCUACUCAAAUAAGCAGAAGCCUGCUAUCGUUUUUACUAGCGUAGUCUCAGAGCUGAUCAUUGAUUGCUUGGUUAGUGGUUUUAGGAGUUAGGAAAAAGAGCAGCUAUUACAAGCCUUGGUAUUACUUGUAUGCUCAACUUAAUUGAUUUUCUUUGAUGACAAACAAAGUUCAGAAUUAUGAAGCUUUUACAGCAAGUGUA